ACGACGUAAAACAGUCUCGUUAAAAGAAGCAUAAAAGCUUUUUGAUGCGCGCAGAAGCGAUAGAGAAUUCGUCACCGUCAGUUGGCCGGAUGUGUGUGACGAUAAUCGGACCAGUUACACAAGUCGGUCCACAUGUGCGAGGCAAUUUUGUUGCUCGUACAUGCAAUCGUACACUCGUCUGAAACAUGCGUUAUUGUGCUAAUCCGUUGCGUUAAUCUGCGAGUCCAGUUUUUUGCCUAUAUAAGUGAAACUUUCUAUAAACAGGAACGAUUAUUUUUAUUUUAAAAUGAGAUGAAAAUGAGAAAAGUGAGCAAAUUCACUAGAAUGUUUAUAAUUUAAUUAGUUAAUACCUAGUGAAUUUCUUUAGUUUUGUGAUUUUCACCUCUUGUUUCAAAUACACAAUCGACCCCCACCCCUCGUAGGUCAUAUUAGUUUCAGCUAUACUCAUGUCUUAUCAGACGAGACACGGGGACGUUAUUGAUUGGGCAAUCAACAUAGAUCGGAAGGAUCUCAUUCCUUAAAAGGUGGUCUACCAGGAUUGAGCGAGCAGAACGCGAUAACAUAUUUCGAAGAGCAGUGGCGAUAAAGGAAUAAAGGGAGAUGUUUGUAACCGAAGUUUUAGCGAUCUUCACCAUUUUUCUUAUUAUUUUAAUAUUACAACGGAAAGCAAAGAGCCCGCCAGGUCCCUUUCCAUGGCCGAUUUUUGGAAAUCGGUAUUAUUUAGCAGAAUUAACGCGCAAAUUCGGUGGACAGCAUCUCGCCUUUCUGGAACUCAGCAAGAUAUAUAAUAGCAAUAUUAUAAGUUUACGUUUAGGUACCGAUAAUGUAAUUGUUGUCACGGACAGUAAACUUGUACACGAAGUAUGUCUUAGUGAAAAUUACGACGGACGUCCUUGGAAUGAAUUUACCAAGUUAAGAAAUAUGGGAAUGAAGAAAGGGAUCACGAUGAACGACGGCGCGGAAUGGAAGGAAUUGCGUUCUUGGUCAGUGCGUGCUCUAAGAAACGUUGGAUUUGCCAGGCAAACAAUGGUGGAACUGAUCGAAGAGGAGAUGACGCUCAUGGUGGAAAAACUGUCAAGCGGUGGCGUGCGGCAAAUACGAUCCGCAUUCGCGCCCGCCGUGAUAAAUGUCCUUUGGAUGCUGAUUACAGGACGGAAAGCAUCCGAGAAUGUCCCAAGGUUGCAUAAAUUCCUGAAUUUGAUGGAACGUCGCGCAGAACAGUUCGAUUUGACCGGCGGGGUUCUAAGCGCUUUCCCCUGGCUGCGUUACAUCGCGCCGGAGAUGACGGGUUACAACUUCCUUGUUAGAUUAAACAAUGAGCUCAAGAACUUCCUAAUGGACACUAUCAACGAGCACAAGGAACGGUACGUCAAGGGAAGCGAGGUAGACUUUGUCGACUUGUUUCUCCAGGAGAUGUACAGCAACAAGGAGCAGCAUGACAAAGUCUCUGUGUUUUCAGACGACAAUCUACUUGUGACGUUGAUCGACUUCUUCAUCGCCGGCAUCAGUACCACGACAGCGACGUUGGAUAAUCUCUUUUUGCAAAUGGCCAAUCACCAGGACGUACAACGUAAGCUACACGAGGAGAUCGACGCUGUGAUCGGUCCACAUAGGCUCCCCAAAUUAGAGGAUAGAAUCAAAAUGCCCUUCACGGAAGCAGUAUUAACUGAGUGUCAACGUUUAUGGCCCGUCACACCUGUAAUCGGGCCACGUCGCGUUCUUAAGGAUACAGUUCUCGGCAACUAUAUGAUAUCAGAGAAUACAACGAUCUUAAUGAAUAUGUAUUCAAACAAUGUAGAUCCAGAUUUCUUCCCUGAUCCGAGAUCAUUCAGACCGGAGAGGCAUUUAAACAAGAAUGGUGUUUAUCAACUACAAGAGAAUAUUAUACUAUUCGGAAAAGGGAAGAGAAGAUGCCCCGGAGAAGCUUUGGCAAAAUCAGCUACGUUUCUUUUCUUUGUCAGGAUAAUGCAGAGGUUUGAAUUACUUCCAGUGCCAGGUAAAGGAUCUAUUCCAAUAGAAAUAAUGGGCGGACUCAUACAUGGGCCAAAACCUUAUGAUAUGUUAAUUGUGCCAAGAUAAGAUAACACACAUACAUUAUUCGUAAUAUCUAUAAGAUAUGUUGAAAAUUUUUAGCAAUUCAAAUUAAUUUUAGCAAA